UCAUGGCGGCGCCCUGUGGGACGUUUACCUCACGGAGACACUGACACCAGAUGAGUUUAUCCAGGAUGAGCUGAGAGGAGACCCACGUGACUGACAGGUGAGACGGACCCACGUGACUGACAGGUGAGACGGACACACGUGACUGACAGCUAUGAACGUGAUGUCAUCAGUGAUGCGGGGCGCCCGGCGGCUCGUCCACGCCGACCCGGCUCUGCUCAGCAACUUCCUGUCUCUGCCCCUCCUCUGUCCAGCUCGAAGCUCCGCCCCCCUGCUCACCUGUCUACAGAACAGGAAGUUCGCCUCCAAACAGGUCAAAGGUCAGAGGAAAGAUCAGAAGAACCAGAAGGUCAAAGUUAAGGUGGACAAACAGGAAGUGGAGAUCAGACAGAGGAUGACGGUGGCGUCUCUCGCUGAGGCCAUGAACAAAGACUUUGAUCACGUCUUGGAGGCUCUGCUGAACACCUCUGUGGAUCUGGACUCUCUGGAGCCGGACUCGGUUCUGGAGGAGAGGUGGAUUAAGGAGGUGGUGACUCGAUCAGGGAUGAAGUUCAAAUGGGCCAAACUGAGUGAGAGCAGAGAGAGACCCAACAGGGACGUCCACAGGAAACCUCCAGCAGACCCGUCUCUCCUGGCGCCGCGCCCCCCCGUGGUCACCAUCAUGGGUCACGUGGAUCACGGUAAGACCACCCUGCUGGACAGUUUGAGGAAGAGCCAGAUCGUCUCCACGGAGGCCGGAGGCAUCACUCAGCACAUCGGAGCCUUUCUAGUCCAGCUACCUACAGGUGAGAAGAUCACCUUCCUGGACACUCCAGGUCACGCUGCCUUCUCCUCGAUGAGGGCCCGCGGAGCCAACGCCACCGACAUCGUGGUCCUGGUGGUGGCGGCCGACGACGGCGUCAUGAACCAGACGGUCGAGUCCAUCCAGCACGCCAGGAGGGCCAAAGUUCCGAUAAUAGUGGCGGUGAAUAAGUGCGAUAAGCCUCAGGCCGACCCUCAGAGAGUCAAACAUGAGCUUCUGGCUCACGAUGUUGUCUGUGAGGAGUUUGGAGGAGACGUUCAGGCGAUCCACGUCUCCGCUCUCAAGGGCGACAACCUGCUGGCUCUGGCCGAGGCCACGGUGGCGCUGGCGGAGGUCUUGGAGCUGAAGGCGGAGCCUAGCGGUGCCGUGGAGGGACUCAUCAUCGAGAGUCGUACCGACAAAGGCAGAGGUCCGGUAACGUCCGCCAUCGUGCAGCGUGGGACGUUGAGGCGGGGAUGUGUCCUGGUGGCGGGGAGGAGUUGGGCUAAAGUCCGUUUCCUGUUUGAUGAGUAUGGGCGGGCGGUGACGGAGGCCGGGCCGAGCACAGCGGUUGAGGUGGUCGGCUGGAAGGAGCUGCCAUCAGCUGGAGAGAUCAUCCUGGAGGUCGAGUCUGAGCAGCGAGCGAGGGAGGUGGUGGAGUGGAGGAGUUACGCGGAGGAGCAGGAGAAGCUGCAGGAGGAGCAGAGCGUCAUCGAGCUCAAACAGAAGCUUCACCUGGAGGAGUACAGGAAGGAGAGGGAGGGGCUAACUCACCUGAGCUGGAGGCAGAGGAAGUCGGCUCUGUACCGAGCCAACAAGAACAAGUUCGCUGUGAGGCCGAGCGAGCGGAUGCAGAGCGACGGGCCGAGCCUGCCGCUCAUCAUUAAAGGUGACGUGGACGGCUCGGUGGAGACCCUCCUCAACAUCCUGGACAGCUACGACGCUCAGCGGCAGUGUCAGCUGGAAGUGCUUCACUUCGGCAUCGGGGACGUUUCAGAGAACGACGUCAACAUGGCCGACACAUUCACAGGUUCCGUUUACGGCUUCAACGUCGCAGCCAGCAAGUCCAUCCAGCAGCUGGCGGCGAAGCGAGGCGUCCCGCUGAGGCUUCACACCGUCAUCUACAGACUGAUCGACGAGCUGAAGGUGGAGCUGAGCAGCAAACUGCCUCCACUGCUGUCGGAGAACAUCGUCGGUGAGGCGACGGUGCUCGCCAUGUUUGACGUCUCCGUGGGGAAGAAGAAGGUUCCUGUCGCCGGCUGUCGGGUUCAGAAAGGUCAGCUGGACCGCCGGCUCAAGUUCAGACUGAUCCGAGGCCGAGACACCGUCUGGGAGGGUUCUCUGGCGACGUUGAAGCACCACAAAGACGAGGUGCAGACGGUGAAGUCGGGGAUGGAUUGCGGUCUGUCGGCCGACGGCAACGUGGACUUCAGGUCUGGUGACGUCAUCGUCUGCUUCGAGGAGCUGGACGCCCCGCAGGUCACUUCCUGGGACCCCGGCUUCUAAUACUGCUGACAGGAAGCUCAACAGGACGCUGACGUUCAAACAGACUCAACCGAUGUAAAAUGUAAAUGUGAUAAUUUAACUUUGAUGUAACAUUUCUUUGUGUUUGGACAUAAAUCAUC